AUAACGACUGUUUACCAUAAAGCGACUGUUACAAAAAAAAAAAAAAAGUUCUAACAUUCUUUCCGUUCUCUCUCUCAUUUUAUUUUUCAAGUAAAUUAAUGAGUAAUAAUCUCACAAGUGAACCGCAGCUAUAAUAAUAUCAAUUAUCAACAAUAAUAACAACAACGACGUUAAUUUUGUAAUAAUCGCUGUACGUCAUCGCCGCCGACGCCGCCUCUGGUGAUUAAUCGUUCGAUUGUUUUUUUAAUUUUUAUAUCGUGUAUGUUAUUAAGUCGGCCGCUAAUUAUUGGUGUUUUUUUGGAAUUUGAUUUUUUCCCCAAUUUUGGCGGACCGAAAGUUUUUUUAUUUUAAAGUCUUACUCGCCUUGCUGCGGCAACACCGUCGUCACUACUACUGCGCACGAUGGGGUGUACGAUAAGUUCGGGCGAAAAGGAAGCGGUGGAGCGAUCAAAGAAAAUCGACAAAUCCCUUCGGGCCGACGGCGAGAAAGCCGCCAGAGAGGUGAAACUGCUAUUGUUGGGGGCCGGUGAAUCGGGUAAAAGUACAAUUGUAAAACAAAUGAAAAUCAUACAUGAAACCGGUUAUUCACAAGAAGAAUGUGAACAAUACAGACCGGUCGUGUUCAGCAACACCAUUCAAAGUUUAAUGGCCAUCAUACGAGCCAUGGGAACGUUGAGAAUAGAUUUUUCCGAUUCAAGCAAAACGGACAAUGCCCGUCAAUUUUUCUCGUUGGCGAGCGCCACCGAAGAAGGCGAACUCACUCCGGAAUUGGUGAAAUUGAUGAAACGACUUUGGACCGAUUCAGGCGUUCAGGAAUGCUUCCUACGCUCGAGGGAGUAUCAACUCAACGAUUCUGCCGCCUACUAUCUAAAUGCCCUAGACAGAAUAUCUUUGCCCAAUUACGUGCCUACACAACAAGACGUAUUGAGGACGAGAGUGAAAACGACCGGAAUAAUUGAAACCAAUUUCUCAUUCAAAGGGUUGAAUUUCAAAAUGUUUGACGUCGGUGGCCAACGAUCUGAGAGGAAAAAGUGGAUACACUGUUUUGAAGGAGUCACGGCUAUAAUAUUUUGCGUUGCUCUGUCGGGCUACGAUUUAGUGUUGGCCGAAGACGAGGAGAUGAACCGAAUGAUAGAAUCAAUGAAAUUGUUUGAUUCAAUUUGUAACAGUAAAUGGUUCGUUGAUACGUCGAUAAUAUUGUUCUUGAACAAGAAAGAUCUUUUUGAAGAAAAAAUCAGACGUAGCCCGUUAAACUCGUGUUUUCCAGAAUAUACCGGUUCAAACAAUUACGAAGAAGCAGCCGCUUAUAUACAAAUGAAAUUUGAAAGCCUAAACAAAAGGAAGGAACAGAAGGAGAUCUACACUCAUUUUACAUGUGCGACCGACACGAACAACAUACAAUUCGUUUUUGACGCCGUCACCGAUGUUAUCAUCAAAAACAAUCUCAAAGAUUGUGGUCUGUUUUGAUGAAAAUAAUUCUUUAAAAAACCAUCGCAGUCGUUUGCCAAUCCGUUUCAGUUUUAGUUAAUCUUAGGACUAUACUCUAAUUUUUUUUUUUUUUUUUGACUGAUAAUAAAUUUAAUUAUUAUUUUUACGUGCCAAAUAUAUAUAUACAAAAAUCGAAUUAACAAUAUAAUAGUGUAAUAGUAUUCAAUAACUAACCAAAAAUCGUUGAACAAAUUUGUAUGUAUAAAAAGAAAAUCUCAAAACUGAAUUUAUCACCAUUU